AGCUUCACCAAAGGGGAGCUUAUCACCAGCUUGAUUCUCAAGAAAGCAUCACGAAAGGAAAACCAGGAAGAAAGACGAGCUCUCACACCACCAGAGCUAUACCGUGGAGAGCUGCUGUGCUGAGUGGAGUCUUCUGCCUGCUCGCAUUCUUCUGCCACAAGUUUGGAGCUUCAUUCUCUACAUUCCUUCAAACCUCUCAGUCAGAAGCAAAGUCUUUCGCUCCAGCAAGCAAUAUGCAGCCUUCUAUCGCAGAUUUUUCGGCAGGACAAUCCAUAUCCCAAUUUGGCACUCAGAUGUUUGCAACUUUAUGCCGAGAACCCCAAGGGAACGUCGUUAUCUCUCCGCUCUCACUCUCUCUUGCGCUGUCCAUGGCAACAGCUGGAACUUCUCUGGGAGGGCAAGCUCAUGCUCAGCUCUCAAGACUGUUGAACUGGCCGGAUAUAUCCUCCAGUGCAGACAAGGAGAAGUUAGACUCAGAGAUCCAGGACAAACAGAAAGCUUUCCUCCAAUCCUCAAAUAGCGACGAUCCCCUGGUAAAAAUACUGAUUGCCAACUCCGUCUGGACGGAUUUGGAUGUCAAAAAGGCGUUCAUUACAACGUGUCAAGAUACCUACCAUGCGAAGCACCACGCAAGAGAAGGAGCAGCAGAGAUCAACAAGUGGGUGGAAGAAAAGACGUCAGGAAUGAUCAAGGAAAUCUUAAGUGAAGAACCGCAUGGUCCAGCAGUUCUUCUGAAUGUAGUCUACUUCAAAGGAGCAUGGAAGAUCAAGUUUGACCCUUCCAAGACGAAGGAGUCCACCUUUGUUCGGUUCGAUAAGGUGCGAGUCCCUUGCCAGCUCAUGAGCCUUGGGCAAAAGAGAUUGCGGUAUGGCGAGACGUUGCACACGGAGUUUGUUUUCCUUCCAUACGGCAUCACAGAUCGUUAUACAAGCAUCAUCAUGUUGCCAAAGACCGAAGGUUUGCAAGGGAUGGAAGGAACGAUCAAAGAGAUCAGUGCGCCAAACUUCUUUUCUGAUGGAGCGUUCGCGAACGCCAGCGUCAAACCACUCUUUGUUGAACUCCCUCGUUUCAAGAUCGAGUACGGAGUCAAACCUCUGAAGCAAACUCUCAAGGCUAUGAAUGUCAUCGCACCAUUCGAAAGUGGCGGACAUUUCAAUAGAAUGACAGAGGACGAGUCCGUCCACAUUCAUGAUGUUUAUCACAAAGCUGUCAUCGAAGUGAACGAAGAAGGGACAGAAGCAGCAGCUGCGACUGCUGUUGCAAUGACCCGAUCCUUGGUAAUUCCGAAGACCCUCACGUUUGAUCGUCCAUUUCUUUUCCUGGUCUACGACAAUGUGAACAAAGUGCUCUUGUUCUGCGCAAAGGUUGAAGACGUGAAAUAAGAAGUUGUAGUCGAAAUGUGUUAGGAGUUGUUGUGAUGAUCAGAUAUCUCAGUACAAUCGACAGUCAUCAG